AUGAGCAAUAGUUCAAGCAUUAAAGGAAUGGAGGAUUCUGAACAACGACCAUCCAGUCCGAGUUCUAACCGACCUCAAGAAUCUAAUCCCGUUCCUGACCACGAAGAAAUUAAAUGA